AUGAAAUAUGAAAAAUAUGGAGCCUUAAAUGUGCGUUUUAUUAGAUUAUUGGCAAAACAAGAACUAAAGAAGGAAUUAUAUCACAAGAGAUUAAGAGAGGAUUUAUCAUAUGUUAGAAAAGGUAAUAAAGAAAAAAAUUAUUCUGAUGAUAUAUCUGCAUAUACAAAUUUAAAAAAAAGGGGUCUAAACAAUUUAGAUUUAUAUAAGAAAGUUUAUAAUCAUAGAUAUGCAAAAAAAAAUGUUUUUGGAAAAUUGGAUUGUUAUUGUGAAAAAAAAUUAUUUGACAAAAUUGAUUACAUAAAUGAGUUAGCAGAAAAAAAAUGGAAUAAUAAAAAAUCAUUUAUAAAGAAAAUUUUUCAAAAAUAUUUUAUUCCGCUUUUUUUUUUUUCCUUACUUCCUCUACUUGGAUCAAUUUUUAUUAUAUUAUUUGAUGGUAAAGAUAAAGCCAUAAUAAAAGUAUGCAACAAAAGUCACACAGGUACCGCUGAUGGUAAAUGUGAUAACGCUGAUGCAUGGUUUCAUGUUAAUGAUACAUUCAGAGCAUUUGAAGAGAUUAAUUACAUUCUAUUUUACUAUAUUGUUCCUAUCAUAGUUAUAUUAGUAAUUAUUUAUAUUCUGUUAAAAUUGAUAAAAUACGAAAGAUUGAAAACUGGGAAAGACAAAAUGAGCGUAAAACAAUAUUGUCGUCUCUGUAAAAGCAUUUUAUAA